GGUGUUUUCACUGUGACACAGAACGUCAUUGAUUUGGAGCAGUAACACCAUAUCAACUAGCCGAGUUUGUUGUAAUGGAAGAGGGAGCGACAACGGGCGUCGAACUCAGCAGGAAGUUUGUGUCGGAAUCUGAGCUUGAUGAGAACAGGAAGAAGAGACAGGAGGAAUGGGAGAAGGUUAGGAAACCCGACGACCCGGAGGAGGCCCCCGAGGAGAAGUACGACCCGCGUUCCCUCUUUGAGCGAUUGCAGGAGCAGAAGGACAAGAAACAAGAGGAAUAUGACGAGCAAUUUAAAUUCAGGAACAUGGUGAGGGGAUUGGACGAGGAGGAGUCCAGUUUCCUGGACGAGGUCUCCCGGCAACAGUGCCUGGUGGAGAAGCAACGCAGAGAUGAGGAGAAACAGGAACUGUUGGAAUACAGAAGCGCUGUGGUGAAGCAAGCGGCCACUGAAAGCCGCAGAGAGCCCGAAAAGAAGGUGGCACCUAAACACUCGGGGGCGGAGCAAAAGACCAGCCAUCUGUCUCAGGCCCAUUUAUUGGCUGGAGCCGUCAAGAGACGCAGUUCCUCCCAGUCCUCAGACAGCAGUAAGAAACAGAAGGUGGAAAUCUCAACGACAGGAAAUGGAGACAGACACACAGAACAGGAGGAAGGAGCAGGGGCAGCAGGCGGAGCUAAAGAUCAACAAACAGUCCCCGGCUUGACGGCGAAGGCCCCCCCGAGCUCCGGUCAAGGCGUGUUACACCUGCCGUCGGCCGCCGUGUGUGUGGGUGUUUUACCAGGACUCUGGGUUUAUUCCGGCAGCAGCGACUCGGACAGCAGCUCGGACAGCGAAGUCUAAGCCGAGCAACCAAUCCCGCACUGACCACACCGACGACAUCCUGCCCCCCUACACCCAACCCUACUCCCAACCCGAGCCACAGCGACUGCAAGCUGGCUGAGGGAACAG